AUGAAUGUAACAAGCAUCAUUAAUCGCGAAAAAAGAAAAAGACAGGAGGAAACAAGUCAUGUUAUUAAGAAAAAAUUCAAGCACUGGAAUAUGUUAAAUUCUUUGGAAGUCAAUACUCAAAAUGGAAUUGCGUCCACUUCGUUCCGAACGAAGAAGAUACAUACAGAUGAGUACACACAAGAGGUGGUAGCGAACGUUGCGAACGUAGCAAGUAACCACUGUGCAAAGUACAAUGAACAGAUCGCCUUAGACGAAGCGAAUACCAAUGGAAUGUGUGAGUACACGCAAGAUGGCACUGCCCUUGUUCCCCUUUGUAAUAAUCCCGACUUGAGUUGGGCCCACCCGAACGAGUCGCAGUUUUAUUUGGAUGGCGCGAUGGGAGGCGGACAGGAAGAUUACAGACAGCAUGAGGAAGGGGAAAAGCAGGGCUGGGAAAAUGGCUUCAACACAAACGGGGUGAAUAAACUGAAGAGAACCAGGGGAAAGAAACCCACCAGAGGAGAGAUCAAGGGUAAUGAGAAGUCAAAAAAAAAGAAGAAAAAAAGGGAAAACGGAGUGAAUGCUAGCGAUAGCGGUUGCAGCGGCUCAAACGGUGGAAGCAGCAAGGAUGGUAUCCGCAGCAGGGGGCGCACGACCAACCGGAGAAACGGGAGCAACGGGAGAUAUCGUAGCAACUGGAGCAACCAAAGCAGCUGCUAUUGCAGCCCGCCCAGCAGUAGCUGUAGUAGCAGCUGCUGCGGCGACCGAAGUAGCGACUUCAGCGAGAGCCGCGGAAGCUACGGAAGCUCAAGCCUCGCCUCCAAUCGAGGUAGAAACCACAAUCGGCAAAAUACCAGCGAAGGUAAGCACAAACCGAGCAACGGCGACUCCAUAUGGGAAGGACUCCUAAAGAAAGACGUCAUCCUCCUCGUAAUCCAAGCCAUAAAAAACAUGGGUUAUAAAAAAUCAGCCAAACAUUUGGAGCUAGAAAGUGGUAUCGAACUGGAGCAACCAAUAGUGAAAGAGAUGCAUAAGAAUGUCCUCGCAGGGAAAUGGAAAAAUGCAAUCCGUAAUUUAAGAAGCCUACGUGUACAUAAAAAAAUCAUAAAGGCAAUUUCGUUCCUACUAUAUGAGCAAUGCUUUAUCGAGUAUCUCUAUGAAGGGAAGCACUUUGCUGCUCUGAGAUGUCUAAGAAACAGGCUGGCAAAGUUCUGCUUCGACGAGGAUACUUAUAACAGAUUACACGAGUGCACAACUUUCUUUAUGUCCAUGAAUAGUCCCUACUUGACAAAGAGGAGAAAAGAAAAUUAUCAGGCCAAAGUGAAGCAUUCACGUAAGCUCCUGUUUGAAAAAAUGAAUCGCUUGUUACCUGAACACGUUAUUCUUCCUCCGAGGAGACUAGCCAUUUUGCUGCACCAGUCGCUGAAGUAUCAGGUGGACAACUGCUUGUUUCAUAAUAACUUCUCCGAGGCGAAGCUUAUAAAUGCGCUCCUGCAGGGGAAGAAGGGAAGGGAAGAUCUGGACGCCGCCAUCGAGGCGAGUGCCUCCAACACGGUGAAUGCUGCAAAUGGAGUAAACGUUUCAGAUGUUAUGGACUCAGCCGGUCCGAACGCGAACACGCAGAAGAUGCCGCGAAUGAAGCCCACCACCUCUCACAGCGCAGCGUGCCAAGCUAAAACAUUUGAAUUUAAGAAGCAGAAAAAAUCGGAUGAGAAUAGACAAGUGGACCGUGACACUAACUCAUGUUUGAAUAAAAAAAAGAAUAUCAUACAGGAGGAUGAAAUGAACUUUUCUGUGAGCGACUUCUCUAGGUACCACCAGAACGUACGGGGCGAGUGCUCCUCGUACUACCACAAGGGGAGCCCCUGCGAGGUGACCUCCAACGAGGCCCUGCAGGACCAAGCGAUGCUGAACGAUACGCUGCUAAACGAAACGGUGCUGAACCAACCGCCGCCCGAUGAGCCAGACAACCACAUGAACACGACCACCCACCUGUGGGACGACGACCUCGUCGGGGAAAAUCAGUUUAACGUGAACAGUGGCCAGCCCGUAAGAAAAGGCACAAAGCUCAAGUGCGCUCUGCGACCGAGAGAGGCAACGAGGGCGCGCUUCGCUCCAGGCGAGAACGCCCACGCGUCUCAGACAGGGGGAAGCAAGGGAAGCACGGGCAGCAGCGAUGAUGUUAGUGGGAAUGUUAUUGCCAAUGCGAGCGCGAAUUCCACAGCGAAUUCCACCCUGUUGGGAAAUCCCUUCCCCUGCCUCAUGGGAGGCAUCAUCAAGAGCGCCAAGUCCACGGCAGGAAAAAAAUACGCCAAGAUAUGCACUCUCAAUGGGGCCACCAGCGAAGCGCCGAAGGGAGAGGUCACACUAGGGAAAAUUCCAAAAAAGACAAAAACACCAAAUGAGCUGAUCAUUGCAAAAGAAAAAAUGCAGAAAGGCAGUAGCAUAUCCGGUGCGAAGAAUGUGAUUAAUUCGAAGGACGGAUUUGUUACCACGCAAGAGAGGGAACUCCUAAUCAGCCACGAUGGGGGAAAUGAAACUGACGGGACUACUAGAAAGGAGGAGGAGCUGCCCCUUAAAGUAUGCAACGGUGCGGAAGGGACACUACACUCUCAAGAGGGCGAGGAUAACCGUAACAUGCGCCCAGAGUGGAAACACCACGAAAGAGAAGUGCGAGAGGAGGGAAGUAAGCAGUUUACCAGACAAGACAGAACCCAUGGCAGCAUCUGCGAGGGGGCAGGCAGAAAAACGUUUACCCUAUCAUUGCUAAGAAACCAUCAAUGUAAGAAGAUAAAACUGCCAUAUUACUGCAUCAAAAUAUUGCAAGGUCAUAAGGACGAGGUGUGGUACGUGGAUGUAUCGAAGAAUGGAAAAUACAUUGCGUCGGCAAGUAAAGACAAAAGCAUAAUUCUAUGGAAGGGGCUCUACCCCUUUAACAAGAUAAGGGAAUGGAAUGGUCAUGUGGAUGGAGUGAGUUACGUCAUCUGGAGUCACAACAGUAAGUACCUAGUGUCGGGUUCGAAUGAUUCCAAUAUUAUCAUUUGGAGCCCAAAAAGUAAUAAGAAAAAAUUAAGCCUGACAAUGCACAAUGGGCCUAUCACGUCGAUUUAUUGGUCGAAGGAUGACACCACGAUUAUCUCCUCUGCCUUCGACAAGAAAAUCUAUUGUACCAAAUUGAACGAAGAGUUGAAGGGUUUCUCUGUCCUCUACGCCUGGUCCUUUAGCACAAGGAUACAGAAUUUUGUUUUCACCAACAAUGAGAAGUACCUGAUUGCUGUUCCGUCGGAUAAAAACGUUCGAGUGAUCGAUUUUGCCAUAAAGAAGGAAUUAUACAUUUUGCCUGAAUAUGAUACCAUCACCUCUGUGUGUGCUUCCAGCUUGUAUAAUCAUAUCCUCGUCAACAUAGCUGACCAGAGACCUACUGUCAAAUUGUGGGACGUGAAGCACAGAUACAUUAUUCAGACCUAUCGGGGACACAAGCAGGGGAGAUUCAUCGUGCAUUCCACCUUCGGGGGGAAGAAAGAGGACUACGUUAUUAGCGGAAGUGAAGACAGCUUAAUAUACAUUUGGCACAAAACGAAGGGCUUUCUUUUAGACGUAAUAAAUGGCCACGCCUCCACCGUCAGCAUUGCUAUAUGGCCCCUCGCCAGCUCCAAGUUCCCCUACAUGGUGUCCGCCUCGGAUGACCACACCAUCAUGGUUUGGAACGUGCACCCUAAAGCGGCGACCAUCCGCAGGGACUCCCGCAGACGCCGCAAAAAGUUCGUCCACCCCUUCCUGCGCGAGCUCACCAAGUUUCGCCCCGUCGCAGGGUGA